UCUUUCCGAGCGCGCGCAGGCGCAGAAGAGGAGAUUGGCGCCGUUUCUCUGAGGAGGGCUUCCGCGUCGGCUGUUGCCUGGCCCUGGUGUUCGUUGGCAGAGCGGGCGGGGAAGGAAGGCAGGAAGAGCGUCCCCUUCCUCCGGCGCCUCGCUUGCCGCCCGCCUUGAGGGGCCUGGUCGCAGGCGGGAGGCUACGGCGUCGCCUCCUCCUUCUCCCCGGAUGUGUGUGGCCGCCCCGGAGCCCUCCCAGGCCUCGCGGGUCCGGGGUUUGCCGCCCGGGAGGGAGCCGCUCUGAUGACGGCCUCCUCCCUUGGCGACGCCUCCACCGCCGAGCACUGGCCUGAGCCGGGUUUCCCUUCCUCCUUCUCGUCUUUCUGGGCGCGAUGACCACCCCGGCCUUGCUGCCUCUCUCUGGGCGCCGCAUCCCGCCGCGGAGCCUGGGCCCGUCCUCCUCCUUCCCGCACCACAGGGCUACCUUGAGACUCUCCGAGAAGUUCAUCCUGCUGCUGAUUCUCAGUGCCUUCAUCACGCUGUGUUUCGGGGCCUUCUUCUUCCUGCCGGACUCCUCCAAACACAAGCGUUUCGACCUGGGCUUGGAAGAUGUCCUCAUCCCUCACGUGGAGGCCGGCGAGGGGGGCAAGCAGGCCGGAGGGUACCUGAUCCACGGGCAGGGCCGCGACCAACACAGGCACAGGGAAGAAGAGGAACGACUGAGAAAUAAAAUUCGUGCAGAUCAUGAAAAAGCUCUAGAAGAAGCAAAAGAGAAACUGCAGAAGUCACAGGUUGAGAUACAAGCAGAAAUUCAGACUGAGAAGAGCAAGAUAGCAAAGAGCUUGAAGAAUAAAAGCAACAAGCCUCUGCCACCAGUCCCGGUGCCAAAUCUUAUCGGGAUAAACGAUGGAGACCCAGUGGACCCAAACAUUCGAGAAAAAAGGGACAAAAUUAAAGAGAUGAUGAAACAUGCUUGGGAUAAUUAUCGACGAUAUGGAUGGGGUCACAACGAACUGAAACCCAUUGGUAGAAAAGGACAUUCCACCAACAUAUUUGGAAAUUCUCAACUAGGGGCUACUAUAGUAGAUGCACUUGACACCCUCUACAUUAUGGGCCUUCAUGAUGAAUUCAGAGAAGGGCAAGAAUGGAUUGACAAUCACCUGGAUUUCAGUGUGAAUUCAGAAGUAUCUGUUUUUGAAGUCAACAUUCGCUUCAUUGGUGGCCUGCUUGCAGCCUAUUAUCUUUCUGGACAAGAGGUAUUCAAGAUAAAAGCAGUGCAGCUGGCAGGAAAACUUCUUCCUGCUUUCAAUACACCUACAGGGAUUCCAUGGGCAAUGGUGAAUCUGAAAAGUGGUGUAGGUCGCAAUUGGGGUUGGGCUUCAGCUGGCAGCAGCAUCUUGUCAGAGUUUGGUACACUUCAUAUGGAAUUUGUACACCUGAGCUACCUGACUGGCAACCCUGUCUACUAUGAAAAGGUCAUGCAUAUUCGUAAGCUGCUUCAAAAAAUGGACCGUCCUAAUGGACUUUAUCCAAACUACUUGAAUCCAAGAACUGGGCGCUGGGGGCAGCAUCAUACAUCCAUGGGUGGCUUGGGAGACAGUUUCUAUGAGUACUUGCUGAAGGCAUGGUUGAUGUCAGAUAAGAUGGACGUGGAGGCAAGGAAAAUGUAUGAUGAUGCUAUGGAGGCCAUAGAGAAACAUCUUAUCAGAAAGUCUAAUGGAGGACUAACCUUUAUUGGAGAGUGGAAAAAUGGGCACCUUGAAAGGAAAAUGGGUCAUCUCACAUGCUUUGCUGGAGGAAUGUUUGCGCUUGGAGCAGAUGGUUCUCGAGAUGACAAGGCUGGGCAUUAUCUACAACUUGGAGCAGAAAUUGCACAUACAUGCCAUGAAUCAUAUGACAGGACAACAUUAAAGCUGGGUCCCGAAGCUUUCAAAUUUGAUGGUGGUGUAGAAGCAGUAGCAGUGCGACAGAAUGAAAAAUAUUACAUUUUAAGACCAGAGGUGAUUGAGACCUAUUGGUAUAUGUGGCGAUUCACACACGAUCCAAAAUACAGGCAAUGGGGCUGGGAAGCAGCACAGGCCAUUGACAAGUAUUGUCGAGUGAGCGGUGGAUUUUCAGGGGUCAAAGAUGUCUACUCCUCUGCACCUACAUUUGAUGAUGUACAGCAAAGUUUUUUUCUUGCUGAGACUUUAAAGUAUUUGUAUCUGCUGUUCUCCAGUGAUGAUCUCCUACCUUUGGAUCACUGGGUUUUUAACACAGAAGCUCACCCUCUGCCUGUUUUACAUCUAGCCAACACAACACUUUCAGGAAACCAUGUGUAUCGAUAGAGACUAUUCCAGGAGGAGGACAAAACAUUUCGUUUUAGCUGUGUUUUGUUUACAUGAACCACUUAAAGGCUUGAGAGAAGACUGGCGACUAUUUAAUUAAUCAAGGCCUUUGAAUCAAGAAAGGAUCAAAACUGCACUCUUAAGCAUGUAGAUACAUUUAAAAAUUCCAUUUUAUACGUGACCAAAACAAACUAGUGCAGUGUGUGUCAGACAAAAGACCUUGUAUAUUUGCAACCAAGAUGAUGGAGCAUGAUGUUUAAGGAUUCAAUCAAAGACCAAGGGAACAUGCGUCCCAUCUAGUGACCGGAAUCAGCUGCAGCUGCUACAACUGGUCUUUGUAGUGAGUUGCCUCCUGCCCAGAUUAUGUGGAUUCCUGAUACUCUGUCAUUUGCUCUUUCUUUCGGUGAUGGCACAAGCAAAACAUUUACAAGCCACAGAGGCGUGCCCAGAUUUGAAGCUCCUUACUCUUGUUUUGAAUUUUCUACUUUUCAUCAGUGUGUGCAGACUGGCAGCCAUUCCCAGUGCCUCUUGAGACCCUUGCCUCUUUUUAUGAUUACUAUUAUUACUAUUGAUGAUGAUGAUGAUGAUGAUGAUGAGUCAUUUGUUCUUGUUCAUCAGUAAAUGAGAUAUGGAAUCAUCAACUUCUCACAAUCUGUCAUUUUAGGAUUUUAAGAUUGUCCAUCCUUGUCAGCUAAGUUGCAAAAAGUCAUGAAGCGUGGAGUUCUUUUAUCCUUUUUUUGGCACAGUAUUCAAAAACAGAACAAAUAUUCCAUAAGAUAUAUCCAAUAAGAUAUUCUUUACAAUCUAAACCACUCUGAGUAAAAAGACUUUUACCUGGGUAUACAUGGUGCUUGUUUUUCUUUUCUUAAAAACCUGUUUGAGGAGAAGUGAGUAUUGUUCAACACAUAAUAGAAAAUCUACCAAAUUUAUCUCUUACCUAAUGGGAAACGUUACAUCUAUUGGCCUCAAUAGUAGUGCAAAACAGAUGAAUAGGAGUUUGAAAGCGAACUUACUUUGCAAUACAUUCUUUUCCUUGCUAAAUACUACUAAUAACAAUUUAGGUAAGAAACUGAAAUCUCAUUUCCUGGUGAAUAGAAAAAACAGCUUUCUUUUUGGUUGGUAUGCGUUGCUUAUAAAUACAUUGCUAAAAUGCAAUCACUGGUUAGAAACGGCCUCUAUUGACCAAAUUUCUCUUCAUUAAGAUUUUUUAAUGCCUCAAGUACAUAUGAUUGACACGUUGGAAUACUAUUAAACAAAUAUAUUGUAAUUAAAAUACAAGUUAAUAUGUUUUACGUAUUACCACCCCUAUGGUAGAGAUCACUGCAUCUAGUUUGUGCUGCCAUACUGUGCACAGUUGGACCUCUGGGACAGGACCAUGCUAUGCUCUAAUUUGAAAUUCAGUAUUUCCUGCACGAUCUAGCCCACAUUGUUACAGAAAGAAUGCCUUAAAACAUGCUGUGAGUUUUAAUGGAAUAUUUAUAGUAAAAUGUGUAAAAUUCCAGGCUUCGGGAAGUUGAGUUUUCCUCACUUUCUUCACACAUCGCCCAUUAUCUACUUUGUAUUUUACUGUCCCUUCAAAUUGAUUUUUCACAUUUCUGUACCCUAAAUUUUCAAUCAUUUUUUUCUUCCUAUUUUUCAAUAGAACCAAAUUCUGAAUUUUGCAUGAAAAAGGAAGUGGCAUGUCCAGACGCAAACGUGUACAGAUUUAUCAAUGGAGUCCAGCUUUAAAAAUUAGAAUAUUCUUAGAAUUCUAGAGUCAUUGUGUCUAGUACAAAAUUGAAAGUUGGAAAUCUUUCUCCAGGCCCUCCUAAUAUUACUUUUAUUUAUUCUGAUUUGAAUAGAGUUCUCACUGAAAUCAGUUGAAAAAGUAUUUAUUUUGCUGAAAGGGGAGCUACAGUGUUUCUGAACCAAAAGAUAAUGGAUUGGGAUUUAGAAUUAAACUGGAAAAGAUCUCUUUCAUCUGGUAAAUGGAAAUACGUACUUUAUUGAACAUAUAGUCUUGGAUUUUUCUACUUUAAAAGCACCACAUGCCUGUUAGAUUUUGUUUCCCCAAAAAUAUUAUUGUGCAGACUAAUAAUUCAUUACUAUUCAUGAACAGAAAUAUAUAUCACAACAUUAUAGUAUGAGAGUUACCUGGUCUUGUUUGCAGACUGUUUAUCAUGUGCACUUUACCAGUUUUGAGUUUCCUUCUUUUUCCUGCUCCCCUUUUCUGUUUGUGCCAGGAUGCAUGGUUUAAAACGGGUGGGCAGAAGGCAAAUCAGGAUCUACUAAGAACUAUGUGGGUUUUUUGUGUCAGAUCCAAAAGGGUUUCGAGUUCCUUUUUGCUUAACAAAAUAAAGAAGUGAUUCUGUC